UUAAGCAUCUGUAUAGAAAAUGAAAUUAUUAUUUAAAUCCUUUUUAAAUAUCUAAUUAAAAAUUUUAUCAACUAAAUUAGAUUUUUUAAUGUUAUUACCAGAUUCCAAGUCUAACACAAAGUGAAAUAAAAUUUGAUUAAUGUCAUAAAAUAAAGAGGUAACUGAAUUGUAUAUUAAAUUUUUUUCAUUUUAAAAUUUCAAAAAAGCUUUCAAUAAUAUAAACUUUUUCCGCAUAUGGUAUUUAUCUGUAACGUCCUGUCAUAUAUGAGUUUACAAAAUAGGCGCAGUAGCAGAGCGGCAUGGACCUAUAAAAAAAACGUAAAAAACCGAAGAUGAGCGAGAGGAGCCGAGCUCGGCGGUCGUGGAUCUCUCGGAAUAAGAUGGCGGCCGUGCAAAGUUUUGGCCGCCCGUGUUGAACUGCUUGGGUACUCGCUGCCCUUGCGAGCGAGGAGAUUUAGCUUUUGAAAUCAUUGAAGUGUUGUGGUGUUAUUAACGAGCGUUGUUCACGCAGUCCGAACUGACUUGUCCAGUAGUAGAUCCAAGUUGAAUAUCUCGUGGUGGUUUGCUGUGAACAGCAGCAGCACUCAGCACCGAGCAGACCACGUACGACGGUAUAGCUCGGACCACCAAGUAGAGCUGAGCAGCCGCUGUUUUUGGCGGUGGUAUAUACGAAGCCCGGUUUCGGCUCCAACGGUACGCAGACGGAUCUCUCCUGCCCAGGUAGCGAUCAGCGCAGAUCUGUCGUGUAGUGCGGAGGUGAGGCUGCGAAUCUGAGCUGACCCACAGCCGAUCGUGAAUUGUGCUGUUUGUUAGCCCGGCGACAGGAGAAAGGCAACAGGACACGAGGAGAUACAAACGAAUGAGAGACCUAGUGCUCGUGCGCGUGUGUGCAGAGGGUCAGUUGUCAUAGUGCACGAAAUUUGGGGUUAAGGCAAGAGACAAGGCCGGCCCGAUGCGGCUCGCGGGCUGCUGCUACUGCAAGCCGCUUACGUCAAAUGAUGACUUCGAUGCUGCCCAGCUUUAAUCCGCCAAUCGUGAAGCGGCUGCUGGGUUGGAAAAAGGCUGAGGGUGAAGAUAAAUGGAGCGAGAAGGCCGUCAAGAGCCUCGUUAAAAAGCUCAAAAAGUCCACCGGAUUGGACGAGCUUGAGAAAGCCAUUACAACGCAAAACCAAGAUACCAAGUGCAUCACCAUACCAAGGCCUAAUCUGGGCGUAGUGGGCUCGGGCGACAACGGAUUGCAAGUAGUCCGAGGCAAGGGUCUGCCCCACGUGGUUUACUGCCGAUUGUGGCGCUGGCCGGAUCUGCAGUCGCAGCACGAGCUCCGAGGUAUCGAACAUUGCGAGUACACCUUUAGUCAGAAGCGCGACGAAGUCUGCGUGAAUCCCUACCACUAUCAACGCAUCCAGUCACCAACACUGCCGGCGAUUUUGGUGCCGCGACACAGCCUCUCCGGUGACGAGUCAACCCUCGGCUACAACACCUCACUUGAAGAGUUGAGCGUGAGUGUGCCCGAAAACGCGAGCUUCCACGCGACGCUCUCUUCGGCUCAGCAGCAGCAUCACCAGCAGCAACACCACCAUCAUCACCAUCACCACCACCACCAGCACCUCCACCAUCAUCACACACAGCAGCAGCAGCCCUCAAGCAAUUCGUAUCAGGCAAUGCAGAGCAUGCAAGCGACAAGUCCGGCGAGCGUGGGAAGCCUGGGUAGCGUGCAGGGCUCGCCGCAUCCAGCAGGCCCGGGGUCGAUGGACCCGCCCGCGGACACCCCGCCCCCGGGCUACAUCAGCGAAGACGGCGACAACAUGGAUCACAAUGACAACAUGUCGCUGUCGCGCCUGUCGCCAAGUCCCGUGGACGCGCAACCAGUAAUGUACUGCGAGCCGGCAUUCUGGUGCUCGAUCAGUUACUACGAGCUAAACACUCGGGUGGGCGAGACCUUUCACGCCUCGCAGCCCAGCAUCACCGUCGACGGUUUCACAGACCCGAGCAACUCGGAGCGCUUCUGCCUGGGCCUGUUGUCCAAUGUUAACCGCAAUACGGUCGUCGAGCAGACGCGCCGCCACAUCGGCAAGGGUGUGCGCCUCUACUACAUCGGCGGUGAAGUUUUCGCCGAGUGCCUCUCCGAUUCAAGCAUCUUCGUGCAGAGCCCCAACUGCAACCAGCGCUACGGCUGGCACCCGGCAACCGUCUGCAAAAUACCGCCCGGCUGUAAUCUCAAAAUAUUCAACAACCAAGAGUUCGCCGCGUUGCUCUCGCAGUCGGUCUCACAGGGCUUCGAGGCAGUCUACCAGCUAACGCGCAUGUGCACCAUUCGCAUGAGCUUCGUCAAGGGCUGGGGAGCCGAGUAUCGUCGACAAACCGUCACUUCGACGCCCUGCUGGAUUGAACUCCAUCUGAAUGGGCCGCUCCAGUGGCUUGAUAGGGUACUCACGCAGAUGGGGUCACCGCGACUGCCCUGCUCCUCCAUGUCAUAGAGCGCCGAGUACGACGUCGCUAGCUCUCGAUUCUUCUUCCCGCUUUGUACAAACCGACCGAGCGUGCCAGCAAACGCGAGGAGGAUGCCUGCAUCCGCUGUCAGCAGCUCAGAGUUCCUCGCCUCCAUAGUCCUCCCUAAACCUAAUCGCCCAUUCUCUCUCGCCUCGUUACGCCUCGCUGCCAGGAUUUGAUGCAGCUUCACUACCUUCCUCGUCCACCACUACCUACCUAUGCAGAAACUUCAUCGUCGCAGUGUGUUACAAGGUACUAGGAACAUUUGCCUCUCGUCAUUUCCUUACUUACUGCUGCAUUUAACCAUAACACCGAUCAUCUACUGGAGACAGGAAACUAACACUAGUGUUACUCGGUUUGUGAACGCUAUUGCCUACCGCGACCUAUUCACUUCUGACGUGCAGCUCGAUUGGGCUCUGGCCAUCAACUUCAUUGCCCGGGAUUUGUAGUUUUUUGUUAAACGGACAACUGUUUUUACAAGUGACACAGUUAAUGUUGCCAUUUCAUAAUACAAAGCCUCUCACGAUCGUCGAUGAGCAGCCGCCAGCGGAAUAUUGCAAGUUCAACUGAUACCUUCUGUCUGUAUCUGUACAUGCGUAUGUUAUGCAACUACUCUAUAUCUAAAAUAUGUAUAAACACUCGAUCAGGGAGAUAUUAUGUGCAACUCACAUGUUUCGUUUUACCGACGCAUCCAAUUCAUGUUUUGUUGAACAACAAAGUAAUUUUAACAAUGCCUAUUCAUUGAUGCUCAUUUAUAUUUAUGCCACGUCAAAGACGUCUGAUAUAAAAUUAAAUGUAGCCAAAUAUUCGAUGACGUAAACUUAUUUAUGUACACAUUUUUUACGUAUAAUGAAUAUUUUCUAUACUGUACGAUACCAAUAGCAUCUGUACCAAAAUAUUCGUCUCUUCAAAAAUUAUUUUGUUUCUUAAUAUAUAUCACAGUGCGUAAGAGUUAGUUGAAUCAUAUAUUUAGCUAAACUCAUGUGGUUUUCCUAUUUUUUUUUCUUGUAAAAUUAGAUGCACUAUUAGGAACAAUAGCUCUUUGUUUUAAAUUUUAUUUUGCAUAUUGCCAUAAACAAGGGACAAAUUUGAUUUUUUGCGACGAGCAGAAGAUCCAACUCAUAUUAAUGUUGACAUAAUGCGGAAAGAGAUAAUUUGCAUUAUUGAAAAAAUCGUCCAUUUGUAACAUCGUAAUGUAGCUUGUCAUGGAUUAAAUUAAUGUUAUUCAUCGAAUACCUACAGUAAUAAAGUGUUGUUCACUUUAUUAAAAGUCAUUUUGAGAUCCGUGACAUGAUGCACACUUACUUGUGAUUUUAGAUCGUAGCACUUUAAUUUCUAGUUACUUUCGAAUUUUCUUACUGACUAUGAUUUCUUUGUAAUAAGCUUAGCGAGUGGUCAAACACGCAUAUAUACACAUAUAGACAUAAACAUUUCUUGCAAUCCUUUUUUUUUACUGUGUACAUGACAGAAUUGAGUGUUAGUAGAAAGUGCGAUUAUUUGUAUGUAUGAUUUUAGUUUAUUUUGAGCUCAGAAAAAGUACACUUCAAAGAUUUAUUAUAUAUUGUAUUAUAUAUAUUAAAAUUCAUGCACAAAUUUUUAUUAUUACAUUAGUUGAGACCAGUAAUUGUCAGACACUAGUGCUUCGUUUGAAAAUGUGCGCCUGUUCGAAAAAAAGAAUUAAUAAAACUGUUUGUCGUUAUAGAAUUGAUUUCAGUGGUCUUUGAUGUAAUAAAAUAAACCAAAUUUUUUCUUGUUGAAAGUUUUCAUAACUUUCAAGGGCCGCAUUUUACAAUUCUACGUACAAUAAUGAAGUUGUUAUCAGGAAAAUUAAAAUUAAGAUUUAACAAGACUGUGACGGCACGAGUUUAUUCUAAUAUACGUAAUAUGACUAUCAAUCUAAACAAAUGACUACCAUAUUUUUCCAAAGAGUAAAAGAAAAUUAAAUUAGAAACAUCUUUUAUGUUACGAUAUUAUAGCGUGCAUACUUAUUUUUUUAUUAAAAUUUAUAAAUCCAGAACUAAACAUUAACGAGAGAUUGAAUAUUGUUAAUCUUUAAACAUUUCAUUUGGACGUGAUUGAUAUGGUGUAUUUAUAAGAAAAAUGGUAAAAUAAUUAUCAUAAAAUAGAGGCAAUUUUACUUUUUGUUACAUGUUUGAAAUAAAAUUUCAUUUUUAUAUAAACUAUUACAAUAGAGCAUGUUGGAUAUUUCUUAUUUAUUAAAAUUUUUAUACGGUACAAUUCAAUGUUAUUUACGAAAACAAUAUAGAAAAAGGGUUAAGAAAUAGAAAACUUUUUCUAAUACAAUCGAUGAAACUGAGAAAUCUCAAAUUUUUUGGUAAGCUUGCAGUUUUUAACGCAUCCAACGUAUCAAGCUAUUGAAUUAUCGUUUAUAUAACUGAAGAUAUUUUUUGUCUAAAAAAUUUGUUGAAAAAAAUGUCUAUCUAUAAAAGGAUUGACGCAAUAUUUGAUUGACUUUCACAAGGCUUGUCAUUUUUUAUUCUUUCUCGAAGUUAGUUACAUUGGAAUUCGUGUUAAUUUUUAUAUGACCGUUUUUAUAACUGAGUAUUUAUUUAUCAAGAUUAUUAAUUUAACGAAAUAGAAUCAGCUUGAAUACGUCCGAAAAGAAUAUAAAAACACGCUUUGUGAAGAAAAAGGUAUGCAAUGAUGAUUUAAUUUUAAAAGAUGGACUUAUAACAAUGGUAUGUAAAUAAGCUCAGGCAUAAAUUACGUAGUAGUUAUUAACAUUGAGUUGCGCAUCAUGCAAUUGGAAUAAAAUUAUUCAAAAAUUGUUAUAGCAUACUGAAAUAUAUCGUGAUUCCCUGUAUUAUCGAUUGCGCUGUGCUUUAGAUACGUGUGUGAAAUGUUAAAAUAAUGAUAAUAAAAAAAAUGACUUAAAACUUAAAAAUUACGUUAAGAAGGGAAGCCAGCAAGAUACACGUUCAAUGAAAUGCAAAAUGAAUGAGAGGCUAGGCUUGCAUGAAAAUGUUAUGUGUACAAUAACGUGGUGAAGAGAUUUUUCACAAUGAAAUAUGCAAUGGUUCUUAUUCGUUUUUAUCUCAAUCAGUCUUUAAAUGAUUAGAUCAUAUUUGUAGAUGAGGAACUUAUAAACAAACUAAUUGUUUUUUAAGAUAACAAUUUCUAUUAACGUCACUCUUACUAACAAUUAGACAGUAAACCCUUUGUACAUUGUAUAUUACGCGUUCAUGUGAGUUUCGUUAAUUCAUUUCUUAUUAAGUAAAGAUUGUACAGCUAUUAGGCGAGAGGGGAGAAAAGUAAUAUUAAUGAAAAUGUAAAAGAAAGAAGAGUACGACAGCGAGUACGUUAAUGAACUUUGUACUAAGUCCGUCAUGUUAUUUACGUGUGUAGCGGACGUUUCUUUCGUCAAUUGUUUUUUCAACUAUUUUUUGUAGAUUUUAGAAUACUUUGUUUUAGAUUAAGCUGCGGGCUGGGCUUGCACGAGAAUAAAAUGUGAGCAGAGUCUUCUUGACAUUCAAGAUUUUAUACGAAGUAUUUUCGGACAUUGCCUGUAUAACAUAUCGCUAAAAUUGUGUCUGUUUGGUUUUGCGGACUUAGAUAAAAUUCUUUUUGAUAGAAACAAUUACACGAUAGCAAGUUAGCUUAAAAAAAUUAUUAAUUAUCGAUGCUAGUACAACUAUCAAGCUCGUGAAAACCCAUCCCGAAAUCGUCGGGCAGCUCGAUUCCACGGAAUAAAUAUCAAUUGUUCACUGUCUUAUCACUAACUUGUACUCUAUUUCUCAAUUUUACAUUUAUUUUUCAAAUGGCGCACUUGAAUGGUACUUUAUGUGUUUUUUCAGUACGGAAACUUACAAUCACUGUAUCGGCUCAUUCACAAAAUAUAAAGUUUGAAAAUUUAGACAAUCGACAAAACUAUAGAUGGCAUGAUAAUUUCAACAAGGAAUUAAUACAAAGCUCUGCCAAGAGAAUCUGAUGCUUGGUAGGUCAAGUAAAGUUCCAAUUUUAAUAUAUCACUUUCCUAUAAAAAUAUAUGUAAUAAUAAUUGUAACAAUUCCUCUGCGUUAUUUUAUUAUUUUUUUUAUUGAAAACAUUGGUUAAUCAACUAUGCAAAGUUUGGACUUUCGACUAUUAUAUUUGACCACGUAAACUUACAAAUAUACACUAAACUUAGAGAAUAAAAAAGUCGUGGUUAUAAUAUCGAGUUAACAGGUCUACUCAGUAGAUCACAACUAGAAUGCACGCACGCACAUACGCACACACACAUACACACACACACAGAAAACCUUACCAAAGUUUUAUAAAUGAAACCAACCAAAGCUUUGUAUAUUUGUAAAAUAAAGUAAUUGUUACGCGUAUCUUAUAUUUUUUACGGGCAUUCUCAUCAGUUAUCUUUUUCUAACUUCAAUUUGUUCUAUUGAUGCAAGAAUCUUUUCGUAACUAAACAACCCCAACUAUUAAUUUAAGCAGCAUCUACAGUCAAGGUUUUUAUUAAAACUAUGAAUCGAGCAGCUCGUCGGUCGUGGUAUGAUUCCACAAUUAAUUUUUGUGAAAAAGUACAUCUUAUGAAAACAGUAGAGUGAUUUUUGAAUAUGCGAGACCAACUGUGCAGUCAUUACAGUUUACGAAUUUUGUGUGUGAGACUGUAUUAUAGUUAUAAAUAAAUGUAUAAGUGAAGUCGACGAUACAAUUACAGUUUUCUUUAUAUAUUUCCCUUGCCUAAUCUAUUUAUUUAGAUAACAAAUUUUAUAGAACUGUAAAAUCAUAAAAAAAUCUUGGUUUGUAAAAAGUAUUCUAUAAAAAUAUCAUGAUAAGACAAUUUUGCAAUUUUUUAUUCAGCACAUUAUGAAUUAAAUUAGAAGUUCUUGUUCAAUAUUUAUAAAUAGUAGAGGUAAGUGGGGUAAAGUAGGAAAUUUUUUAAAAACUAAAAGCAUAAAAAUACGUCUGCACGCGUUAGUAUACCAUAAAGAUUUGCUUACAGUCAUUAAAAAUACAUGUCAGAAGAAUAUGACAAAUAUACUUUGAUAGUUUAUCCGGAAAGUGACAUCUCCAACUCUACCUUACUUCCUACUUACCUCUAUAUAUUUCUAUCAAAAUGUCGAAAGAUUGAAUUAUACAAAGUAAUUUAGACUCCUUUCACCUCAAUUUCAAUCCAAUUGAUUUAUCACGUCUAUUAAGUAUGUUAAUAAAAAUAGUAUUGAAUAAAUGUUGAAGAAAAAUAUACUAGUUAUACGUAAUAUUAUUAAUGAGUCGUCACUUAAUUUAACAAUUUUGAUUUCCUGUAGUCUGAAAGCUACAUUACUUUUUUUUUGUUAAGUUAAUUGUUUAGAAAUACGUGCACGGCUAUACUUUAUUGUUUUCAUUUUUUUAUAUUAGUUUUAUAGUAAGAAAUUUUCUUUUUAAGAUGAAAAGUUGAGUCCGUUAAAUUAUGUUUCACUUAAGUUCCAGCAAAAAUUGCAAAAAUCAAACAAGUCCCGAUUAAAAUUUUUUUAACUCAGAUGUUUAAAACAGUACAUGACGUUAAUUUUUUCAAUAAAUAAAAUAAUUGCGUGUGACAUAGUUUUGUGAAAUAUAGGAUUGAAUUUUUGAUACUUUUCCUCUUAUAAAAAGGUGAUGGAUGCCAUAUUGAAGCAUUUAAUUCAUGAUCUAAUUGGCUAAGAUAUAGUUAUGUGAUAUGCUGUUAUGGCAGCAAAAUAUGCAUGUUGAUGUGAUUUCAAGUUGUGUUUUGAGUAAAAAAAUUCAUUUUAUCAUAAUUGUUACGAAUAAUUUUGAAGAUAAUGAAAAUUAAAAAAGUAUGCUACAUUGUUAUUAUUUUUAUAUUCAUUUUAUAAAACUACUAGCGAGUAAAUCGUUUGGUAAAAGCGAGAGGUUAUUAUGCUAUGGAAUUAUUCUGAUAAUCUGAUAUUUGAACGUUUAAGUUUGAAAAAAAUUUUGUAAUCUCGUAAUCUAUAUUAAAAGAGUAGGAUAAACGUUUAAUAGUAAUUUGACCUACAUGGCUGAAAAGAACUAUAGAGAUUGUUUUUGUCCGUUUUCGAUAUAAUUAUUCAUGAAUUUAGAGUACACGGAACUGUUUUACUAAUACAUGUUUUCCACUAUUAUAUGUGUUUUGUAACAAAAAUAUAAAAAUAUACCUUUGAAAAAAGGGAUUUAUUGCGUUAAAUAUGUUGAUUGAUAUGACAAGAAAUGAAAAAGUAGAUGGAAGCGUGCGAAGCGCGUCCGAUGUCGCUAGUAAAAUAAAAAUAAAAGUGUAUUCAGAGUACCUAAAGGUAAAACACAAACACACACGCGCGCGCACGCGCCGGCAAAAUAUUAUUUAGAAUAUUAAGUGAAUAUAAAAAAAUAGAGAACUACUUUUAAGUUAAGCUAUUGCAUUUUAUUUGAAAGAAACAUGUGUUACCAUUACUUUUCAAGUUCUAGAACAUGUGAUGGUAAAAUAGAACUUUGAAUAGCUUCAAAAUAUUUAUACGUAUCCACUAGGCAGUGUUGAAGAUAUUUUUCAAUGAAAUUGUAGAACUUCACUCGAAUAUGUGUAAUAAAAUAAUGAAGUAGAAGCAAUCGUGCAGCACAUUUGUUAAGGAAAGAAUAUUAUAUAAAUUGCAUUAUUCUUCUUUUUCUUCAUUGGUACUUAUAAUUAACAUCAAAGUAUUUUUUUUUAAUUAACCUGCCAUUUUUUGCUAUUUUGUAAGUACUACUCGGGGAAAUUGACAAUAGUUACUUUAUGAAUACAUGACACUAUAGUGAUUUUUAUUGCUGCAAGGAACUCAAGUAAAACGAAAAAUAAAUGUUAAUAUAAACAAUUUUGUUAUUAGUUUAAAAUUUUCAAAGAAUGAUAGAAUAAUUCCUAUUUCAUAGCCUUCUUUUUUCUGAACCAUGUGCUAUAUUCUAUGUAACAAAAGUUAUCGGUACCAUGAAUCUUGUGCAUGACAAUUUACCGAAUUAGCAAACCAUAUGGAAAAACUGUUUUAGAGGGAAACUAAUCAACAUAUCAUUUACGUAGUAUACACAAUCUGAGUAGGGCGGUGUCAGUAGCUAAGAAUUGAAAUUAUAUUAUCGAGCAAGAAAUACUUGGCUCUAGUAAUCAUGUCUGGUUCUAUUGCAUAUACUUAGUUUACGUUCAAGCCCUAAGAGCAAAGAUUACGUUGCAUGUCAGACAUUUGCUUCAGGUAGUUCAAUCAAUAAAAAUAGUUGAUCAUAUUUCC